AGGAUAUCAGGUGAACCGGAACGAUGGAUACGAACAUGCGGAAAUUUACGGUGAGAAGAUGGUUUUCCGUGUACCUGCGCAGAAAGUCGCGGUCCAAAUGCUCGAGUUUAUGCAAACUAGAGGAUGACAGUAUCUUAAAGGAGUUUGAUAUCAGCCAUCAUGUGAAAGAAGGCUUUGAGAAAGCAGAUCCAACACAGUUUCAGCUGCUCAAGGUGUUGGGACAGGGCUCGUAUGGAAAGGUCUUCUUGGUGAGAAAAAUCAAAGGCUCCGACACAGGACAACUCUAUGCCAUGAAGGUCUUAAAAAAGGCAACACUUAAAGUGCGGGACCGAGUGAGGUCCAAAAUGGAGCGAGACAUUCUCGCAGAAGUCAAUCAUCCUUUCAUUGUCAAACUCCACUAUGCCUUUCAGACAGAAGGAAAGCUGUACCUUAUUCUGGAUUUUCUCAGAGGGGGGGAUCUUUUCACGCGCCUCUCUAAAGAGGUGAUGUUUACUGAGGAGGAUGUGAAGUUUUAUUUGGCUGAGCUGGCCUUGGCCUUGGAUCAUCUUCACAGUCUGGGCAUCAUCUACAGAGAUCUCAAACCAGAGAACAUUCUCCUUGAUGAAGAAGGCCAUAUAAAGAUCACAGAUUUUGGCCUGAGCAAAGAGGCGAUCGAUCAUGACAAACGAGCGUACUCGUUCUGCGGGACCAUCGAGUAUAUGGCCCCAGAGGUGGUUAAUAGAGGGGGUCACACUCAAAGUGCUGACUGGUGGUCUUUUGGUGUGUUAAUGUUUGAAAUGCUGACUGGAUCCCUGCCAUUUCAAGGCAAAGACCGCAAAGAGACCAUGGCAUUUAUUCUCAAGGCAAAACUGGGCAUGCCACAGUUCCUAAGCACAGAAGUCCAGAGUUUAUUGCGGGCUCUAUUUAAAAGAAACCCUUCCAAUAGAUUAGGCGCAGGACCUGAUGGAGUGGAAGAAAUCAAACGGCAUAUUUUUUUUGCAACAACAGACUGGAAUAAGUUAUAUAGACGUGAAAUCAAGCCUCCGUUUAAACCAGCAGUGGGCCGACCAGAGGACACCUUCCAUUUUGAUCCAGAGUUCACAUCCCGCACACCAAGAGAUUCACCCUGUGUUCCGACCAGUGCAAACGCCCACCAGCUCUUCCGUGGCUUCAGCUUUGUGGCCUCUAACCUGGGUCAAGAACCACCAUUGGCCGAGACCAAGCUAAACUCUGUGAACCCUAUUGUACAGCAACUUCAUGGCAACAACAUCCUUUUCACUGACGGCUACGAUUUAAAGGAGGAUAUCGGUAUCGGAGCAUAUUCGGUGUGCAAGCGAUGUGUCCACAGAAUCACCAGCGUGGAAUAUGCAGUCAAAAUUAUUGACAGAGCCAAGAAGGACCCGUCUGAAGAGAUCGAGAUCCUUCUGCGAUACGGCCAGCACCCAAACAUCCUAACUCUCAAAGAUGUCUAUGAUGAUGGAAAGUUUGUGUAUCUGGUGAUGGAGCUGAUGAGAGGUGGAGAGCUGCUGGACCGGAUCCUGCGGCAGAAGUGCUUCUCAGAGCGAGAGGCCUCAGCUGUACUCUGUACCAUCACUAAAACUGUGGAGUAUCUGCAUUCACAAGGGGUUGUACAUCGAGACUUAAAGCCCAGUAACAUCCUGUAUGUUGAUGAGACAGGCGACCCGGAGUCCAUCAGAAUCUGUGAUUUUGGGUUCGCCAAACAGUUACGAGCAGAAAACGGUCUGCUCAUGACCCCCUGCUACACUGCAAACUUUGUAGCACCAGAGGUCCUGAAGAAACAGGGUUAUGAUGCCGCCUGCGACAUCUGGAGUCUGGGGAUCUUACUGUACACCAUGCUGGCAGGUUUCACGCCCUUCGCUAAUGGCCCUGAUGACACACCAGAGGAGAUCUUGGCCCGCAUUGGCAGUGGGAAAUUUGCCCUGUCAGGAGGCAACUGGGACACAGUCUCUGAGGCAGUCAAGGACAUUGUCACUAAAAUGCUGCAUGUGGACCCUCACCAGCGGCUGACAGCACCUCUGGUUCUCAGACAUCCCUGGAUAGUCAAUUGCGAUCAGUUAUCUCAGAUCCAGCUCAUCAGACAGGACGUGCAACUGGCGAAGGGGGCAAUGGCUGCCACAUACUCCGCUUUGAACCGAUCGCCUCAGGCCCCGAAACUGGAGCCCGUUCUGUCCUCCGGUCUGGCUCAAAGGAGAGGAAUGAAGAGACUCACAUCCACUCGUCUAUAGCACUCUGACCACAGAGGCAUCAACAGCUUUAAGACAUGUCCAGCGUCCAGCCUUUGGACAGGGCACCAGGCUGCCACCAAAGCAUCCAGAGCAAUCUCCAAAGAGUGGCAAAUGAUCUGCCCAGUGUUUCCACUGAUGUUAAGAGAUUGCUGAAGCCCAGAUGCAAAUAUCACAGCUGUCAGGACUGCAAAACAGGCUGAUAUGUCUGUUGUUUUGUGGAUGAGCACUUGUGUAUCAUUAUGGAAAUGUUUUAGCUUGGAAUGGUGGACAGCAUAGAUCACGGUUAUCCUUCCCAAACUGUGUGCAAUCGGUUGGAAAUGCUGUCGUUUGCACAUGCAUGACAUGUACAGUACAGUGAGAAAUGAAUGGUUGAGCAGUAUGGUGUUAAUGAAAGCACCCAUACUUAUUUGAUUGCUUACUUUCUUUAUGUCCCAGUUAUAUGUUUUAUGUUGUAUAAUGCUGAGACUUCAAGUGGACAACCAUUUACGUGAGGAAUAUUUUAUUUUUAAAAGCAGCUAUUUUAAUUCUGAUGUUUGUAUAUUUUGUUCAUCUUCCGUAUUUGGACUAAAUUGGUUAAUUUAUUUAUUUGUCUUUGGUUCAUUUGUUGAUAUUGCAUGUACAGUAUAUGUACUGUAUUUUUAUAUCUGACUGUCUAUGUAUUUAUUUAUACAUUUAUAGAAAAUAUCUGGUUCAUUUUUGUAUAUGUAAUUAUUAUUUUUAAGUGACCUUUAUGCAUAAACAUAAAACCCAAACAAGUGCCACACCUUUGUACUAGGUAAAGUGACUAUAAUAUUAACGUGGGCAUGCGUAUAAAAUUUCCUGGAAAUGUGAAGAAUUUGCAAAUACAGUUUGAACUAGAUUACUAAAUUGUAGCUCUAUGUGUAUUGCAUAUAGUCUUUAGAUCAAAGUUCUGGCAAACACAUGACAUGGUGGAUGUAUUGAGGCCAUCAUCUACACUGACAUUAUUAUCCCUGAUAAUCUGAGCUAAAGUGAGGUUUUAGACUACUUUGAUCAAUAUUCCGAAAUUCAAUGCUAUUACAAAAAUUAAACAGGUGCUAGAAUUUUUGUUAAACUACAUAAUGCACUCUGUUAAACUUAGAAAUCCCAUUUGCAUGCAGUCGUGCACUUUGAACUUUGUAGCAGCUUCUGAAACACUAAUGAUAGCAGUAGAUGCAUUUUGUAAGAUAAAUUGGAGACAGUCCAAUAUUUUUGUAUGAAUAUGAUGAUACAGAUGAUCAGCAGCCAAACACUUCAUCUCUUGUUGGUGUGGCUUAAUUUUUACAUGUGAAAUUGUUUUGUUUGAGAUUUGUUGUUUAAUGCUGGGGUUUUUUCAGCACCCUCACCAGUGUUUAAGGGAAACAGGCUUAUGUCAUUACAUCAGUGCUUUUGUUAGAAAACUAAACAGUUAAUGCUGCACACCAGUGACUCCCUACAGUGAUACCAAAUAGCAGUAUUGUUAGGACACAUCCUUGUUAGAAAAGGCUAUAGUUUAUGCUCUAUGUUGGAGUGCAUACCAAAUGUUUCUAAAAUA